AUGAUUUUUAAUGAAAUAAAGAAAUUUUUGUCUUCAAAUUUAAGCAAUCAUGAAUGCCUAACAUUAAAUUUUGAAUUUAAAAAUUUUGAAGAUACAGAAUCUCAAUAAAUAAGUACUGCACUUUCUUUGUGUACAAAUCUGAAACGAAUAAUUCUAAAUCUAUAACAUUCUAGAAUUACUGAGCAAAGAACGAAUGACUUAAUUAGUGGAUUAAUUAAAUGUAGAAAUAUUACAGAAUUUUAAAUUAAUCUGAGCUCAGACAAGAAUUUAAAAAUUCAAACUGUAAUAAACUUACUGAAUUAAUUAAGUUUUACUAAUUAAAUCACGAUCCUCAAAUUAAAUUUAGUCGAUAAUAAUAUUUGUGAUUCUGAAAUUUACAAUAUAGGCGAAUCUUUAAGCUAAUUAACUUUUUUAACAUCUCUGCAGCUAAAACUAGAUUGCAAUAAUCUUGGAGAUAAAGUUUAUGAUUGCUUGCAAUUUAGAGAUACAGUUUUGACAUAGAUGGUUUAAUUAGAUCUUUGCUUUUCUUUUUGUAAAAUUGGAGUAGUAGGAGCAAUAGAGCUAAGCAAUAAACUAGCUUUAUUUAAAAAUUUAGAAUAAUUAAAUCUAAAUUUGAGACAAAAUUAGAUAGAAUCAAGAGGAUUAUGCUAACUUUCUGAAACACUUAAAAUAUUAAGUUUAUUAAAAUAUUUAAAUCUCUUUCUAACCUUUAAUUCAAUUUCUGAUGAAGGCCUCUUUUGCCUAUCUCUAAGUUUAGAAAGCUUAAAUUAUUUAAAAGCUCUGGAAUUAUUUGUAGAAGACAAUAAAUUAACUACAGAAAGCUAUUUAAAACUAUUUUGUUCUUUGAAAAAAUGUUAGAGUUUAGUAAAAUUAGAGCUUGAUAUAAGUUCAAUAGAGAUUGCAAAAUUAUAAGAUUUUGGAGAUUAUAUAGCUUUUUUAACUGGUAUAUAACAAUUUAAUCUGUAUUUAUCGGAAUCUUCAAUAAAUGAUGAAGUAUUAUCUGAUUUAAGUAAAGGACUAUCUUAAUGCAUUAGUUUACAAAAACUGCUAUUAUAUUUAUCAGAGAAUACAAUAAGUUCACUAGGAAUUCAUGAGUUGACUUUUGCUUUAUAAAAAUUACCUCAUCUUUACGAUUUAUCUCUUUUUUUAGAAAAAAAUUUAAUAGAAGAAGAAGGUGCAAAAAGUUUAGGAAAGGGGCUUAUGUAAUUCAAAAAGCUUAAAGUCUUAGAAAUUUGGAUAGAGUCUAAUAAAAUUAAUUAUGAAGGUAUGACCUCAUUAAUUGACUCAACACUAUAAUGCAAAGAUAUUAAUAUUCUUAAUUUGUAUCUGAAUCAUUAUUAGUUAAAUUAAGGCAUUGCUGGCUAUUAAAGAAAGGCUUUGAAAUCUAAAAAAUUAGUUUAAUUCAUUAUUGAAGUUAUGUGA